GGGAGAUUAUCAUGCUGCAACCGUUUCCGCUGGUAUUUCAUGUAUCUUAAAACUGGUCUUUACCCCCCAAUGGGAGACAACACCCACGCGUUAAUGAGGAGCGUGCACAGAGCCAAUAAACAGAUGAAACCCCUCCCCUGAGGCCUCAGAAGCUGAGCCCUAUAAGGAGGCACGUUCUCAGAGCGAGGGAGUCAGCAUGGAGCUAAGCUAAUCUGAGAUUCUAAACUGUGUUCUCAUCCCCCACAGUUUCUUUUCUCGGCUCUCGUAAUUUUCCAGGAAAAUGUUCACUUUCUUGGUGUUUGUUUAGGGCGUUUCUUAAAUUUUUUGAGUAGGAGUUAUUGUCAGGACAACGAGAGAUGAAGAACUCCAAGCGGCCUCAUUUCUUUGAGGUUUUCCAGCCUGACGCGAGCUCCGAGCGACUGAAAAUUCCAUCAAGAUUCAUCAAACACAUGGAAGGCAGAACAUCUGGAUUUGUUUCAUUAGUGGGCCCUAGUGAUAACACUUGGCAUGUUGACUUGAUUCAGCAGAAUAGUGACUUAUUAUUGCAUGAUGGAUGGCCAGUAUUUGUGAGAGAUCACUGCAUAGAAUGUGGUGACUCUUUGGUAUUUAGAUAUGAUGGCAAUUUGCAUUUCACAGUGCAAGUUUUUGAUCGAAGUUCAUGUGAGAAAGAAGCUGCAUUUCAUGCUAAAUGCAGCCAAGAUCCAGGAGGUUUGGAUGAUCCGCUAAGAAAAAAAAGAGAAAGGGAGAGCCCAGUUGUCUCUAAAGAUAAAAUUUUUGAAGGUGUGCCAAAGAAAAUGAGAGGGAGCUCUUGUCAUGUGCAUUCAGAAUGCAUAACUAAGAACUUGGAAGACAAGAUGGAUAAAUCUGAUAAGGAAGCAUGCAAGUGUGAAGAUUUAUUUAUGACCGAAAAAUGUCAAGCAGCAGUUUUCUCCAAUGAAACAAAGAAAUGCGGGAGUCCAUCAAAGGAUUCCCUCAGUUCUAUGCCUUCUCAAUUAAAAGCUUGCAAUGAAAAACCAGAGGCUGCCAUCCAGAGCAGAGCAGAUGAUGAAUUCGAUUCUCGUGCUAGAGGUUGUGGUUGCACUUCUCUGUUGUCAACAUUUGAAGAGAAAAAAGUAGCUCAGUCUUUUACUUCCUCUUUUCCUAAUUUUGUGAGGAUCAUGAAAAAGUUCAACAUCAGUGGUUCAUAUACUCUGAAAAUCCCAUAUAAGUUCUCAAUGGAACAUCUUCCCAAGUGCAAAAUAAAGAUUGUCCUUCGUAAUCUAAAAGGAGAUUGUUGGACUGUGAAUUCAGUCCCAACUACAAAGGUUCACACUCUUCAUACCUUCUGUGGAGGGUGGAUGGCUUUCGUCCGUGGUAAUGGCCUCAAGAUGGGAGAUAUUUGCAUUUUUGAACUUGUGCGCAAGUGUGAAAUGCGUGUUCACAUUCUUGGGGCUGGAAAGGAAGGUAUAGAUGGCCAAAGUGGGAAAACUAUGUCUAAUGGGUUUACUCCAGGGUGUGCUGCCACUUCACAUAAAAAUCCUGAAGGUUUACCAAAGAAACCAAAAGGGAACUCUUCAAAGGUCCAUUUAAAACAUAUAACCAAGCUGGGUGUAUCUGGUAAGAAAGGGUCUAAAACACAUCAAGAUACUGUUCCUAAUGAAAUGAAAAAACAUGGUAGUUCAUCAAAGAGCUCUGUCAGUUCUGCAUCAAAAGCUUGCAAUGAAAAGCCUGAGUCAGCCAUCCAGAACACAACCAGUGCAGCAGAUGAUCUAAGAUCACAAGCUAAAAGUUUUGUCUCAACAAUAUCAGCUGAAGAAGAAAAAGCAGUUUAUUUGCUGUGCCGUGGAUGAAUGAAACCCAUUAUUGCAUCAUCAGUGAAUAAUUGAAUACUAAUUUGGAUCAAGAUUAAAAGAAACCAAAUGAAAAUAAAGAAGACUAAAAAAGUAAAAAAAAAAAAAACUAUAUGAAGUGGAAAAUGAAAGGAAUAAAAACUUUGUCCUGAACUGUUGUUUGAUCCCUAUUAAAAAGUGAAAAAAAAAAAGGGUCUGCUAAAUAAACAGGGUAAAUGAGCGGUUUUCUUGAUGAAACUGUUACUGAUCCUCUUGCUUUUGUAUUCUCCCAUCUCACCUUAUCAGUGGUCACAUGUUUUCUUUGGUUAUGGGCCCUACUUGGCCCUGAACCUUUGACCAUUACCUUACCUACCACAAUUCCACCACUGUUUACAUGCUCAUUCAAGAUGAAGGAACACAGAUCUAUGUUGUAGGCUGUCAUGUUGGGGUUGGCCUUGCAUCUAUACAGAUUGUAAGAGUACUUUUGGGCUGUUCUAAAGAACUGGCAUCAUUAAGCCUAUUUACUGGCUUACGAUGAUCCUGUCUCCUAGCCUUGUUGGGAUGCUGAAGCUGAUAACAUUUGGACUCACCUCUCUCUAUUCCCUGCACCAGUUCUGGGGCAUUUUCAACUUGGCCAGUUGAGGGAUUUAUUGGUUUGUUCUCCACUUGGCAUGAAUUGCAAGGCUUGGAGAUCUUACCUUUCUACAAACUGUUUAUAUUGUCACUUAUCAUUUACUGACCAGUUUCCAUAAUGCAGAAAAUUCCAUAUCAAUUUUCAAUGGCACAUCUUCCAAAAUGCAAGACGGAGAUUGUUCUUCGUAACUUAAAAGGAGAAUGUUGGACUGUAAAUUCAGUCCCAGAUACAAAGGGGCGAAUGGUGCAUACUUUCUGUGGAGGGUGGAUGGCCUUUGUUCGUGGCAAUGAUGUCAAGAUGGGAGAUAUCUGCAUGUUCGAACUUGUUGGCAAAAGUGAAAUGCUUGUACAUAUAUCUGGGGUUGGAAAGAAAGGGUCAGAUCAUCAGAGUGGAAAAGCAGCUUCUAACUAAUUAGGAUCAUCCACCCACAGCCAUUGCAUUUGAAGACAUAUGAAGAUGUUGGACAGUAACUUAGAUUCUGGUGGCGGAUGCCCUCUGCACGUGACUAGUGAGAUGAAAUGAGAUGACAAUCACGUGUUUGUGUUGUACAUGUUUUAUGGAGAACAAGCAGCGAACUGAAGCGUCUAUAACAUCUGAACAGUUGAGCAUGUAGUUAAAAGAUGUUCGGCUGUAUGUUAGAACCUUUCAGUUUUCGAGUCAAAAGGAGUCGGGUAGCUUGGUCGGAAUCAUCAUUGCCACAAGAUUAUUUAAACCUACUCUAGGUUGCAAUUGUUUGUAGAUGCAAUUGCUUAUAUUGGUAAGUUUUGUUAGGUUA